CCUUGACGUAAACAAACCAAAGACGCGACAAGGUGACUCGGAUGGCGGAAAGUGCGCUCUUAGCUCUUGGGUAAUUACGCUCUUGUGCGCCAUAAAGAAAUGGCACAAGGAACGUCAAACGUGGACUGGCAGACGGGUUUAACACAAAUACACCAACGUGCAGGCCAUGUACUCCAGUCGGGCCAGUGGUCAGACUGUACCUUUAUUGUUGGAAAUGAAAAUAAUCAAAAGCAGACCUUGCGUGGCCACCGUCUCAUCCUUGCCAUGUCAUCACCUGUCUUUGAGGCAAUGUUUUAUGGAGGAAUGGCAGAAAAGGAGGACAAGCCAGUUGAAAUCUUGGACGUGCAGCCAGAAGCAUUCAAAGCAUUGUUACAGUACAUCUACAGUGACGAGAUAAACCUCCAGUCUUUUGACCAAGUGUGCGAAAUUUGUUAUGCCGCCAAAAAAUACAUGAUUCCGGCCCUAGUUGAACAGUGUACAAAAUUCAUAUGGAGCGAUCUGCACCCGGGAAAUAUGUGUCGUGCUUAUGAAUUUGCCCGGCUCUUUGAGGAACCCAGUCUGAUGGAUAAGUGCUUACAGAUCCUUCACUCCAAAACAGAAUUAGUCAUAAAAGACGCGUCCUUUGAGGAUAUUGAAGCGACGACCCUACGAACCAUCUUGCAACAGGAGAACCUUGCAGUAUCGGAGGCCAUGCUGUGGGAUGCUUGCGUUCGUUGGGCAAAGCAAGAGUGCGGGAGGCAGUCGUUAGAAGCCACACCCCUCAACCAACGAAAGGUCAUGGGUGAGAAUCUGGGUCUCAUAAGAUUCCUGACAUUUAGCCCAACAGAGUUUGCGAACGGACCAGCCAUGUCAGAAAUCCUGACCAAGGAGGAGAGCUUCACACUCCUGAUGAACAUCUCUUCCCCGGGCGUGACUCCCAUCCCCAAACCCUUCUGUCAGAGCCUGAAGAGGAGACAGAAAGAGCCAUCACCUCCACCGCCAACACCGCCUGACCCGAGGAAUAUUGGAAAUCUGAGGGAUGAGGUGCAGUUGAGGUGUACCUGUGCAGGAGAUAUCACCACCAUCUUGAUCAACGACCAGCUGGUGGACUUCUCACUGUCCUUCUCUGUAGACAGCAGCAUCUGUAUCUAUGGUGUGGAGAUGCCCACGCAGAUGGUCCCACAGACUCUGGAGCAGCAACCAAAUGGGCAGCCAGUGCCCCAGAGCUACUCAGAGCUCAUCUAUGCCUUCCUGCAGGACUCAGAUGGCUGCCGGCUCACCUACACUCACUUCACAGCACGCGUGCCGUGGAAUAGCACUAUGGAAGUGAUGUUCAAUAGGCCCGUGUACAUCACCCCAAACAGAACAUACAAAAUUGGUGUUGUCAUGAACAAAGUGGGACGGUAUCCACUGUAUGUGACCAACCAUUUUGUAUCUGUUGAGUAUGUGACGUUCACCUUUGGCCAGGAUAGGUCACGGGAUGGACUCAUCAAGGCACUCAUCUUCGGUUGCAUGCCGCCAAGAAUCCCUUCAAGCCCAAGUCCUUUUUGGCCGUACUAAGGUUCUUUUUCAGCUUCUUCCUCUUUCUCUACUUCUGUCUUCUCUGUUUUCUUCUUUCUCGUCAUCUUCUCUCCUUUUAUUCUCUUUCUUCUUCUCCUUUGCUCUUCUCCCUUUUUUUUUCUUGGUUAUGUAAUUGUUGCUGUGAUUCUGUCAUUGCUUGUUGAUAAUAGUAGUUAUAUUUGAGCUGCAUAAUUGUACUUAACUUUGUAGAUUUUGUAUAUAGUAUUUUCCUUAGAUUUUUUU